CACACAUGGAUUUCCUAAUGGUGUUUCUCAAGUUAGCAUACUGGCUAGUAUGCCAGCUGCUAGCAAAAUCAUGUUACAAAGCUGCAAUGAAAGUGAAAAACCAUGGCUUUUUCUUGUUAAGAAACCAUCCAUCUCAAAAAUCACCACACCAACAUGCCCAAUUUCCAUUAUUAUUCCCUAGUUUCAAAAAAUGUUGUUUACACAAAGAUCAAGAAACCUUAGUUUGUGACAUCCAAAACACCUUAUUGUUAAACUCAAAAUCUUUCUUUCCGUACUUCAUGUUAGUUUCAUUUGAAGGUGGUAGUAUAUUUAGAGCAUUUUUCCUAUUGUUAUCUUAUCCUCUUUUACUUGUUCUUGACUAUGAGCUAAGUUUAAGGUUGAUGAUUUUCAUCACCUUUUGUGGGCUUAAGUUAAAGGACAUGAAAAAUGUAGGCAGGGCUGUUCUGCCCAAGUUUUAUCUUGAGAAUCUAAACCUUCAAGUUCAUGAAUUUCUUGCAUCUGCUAAGAAGAAUAAUCAUGGGAUUAAAGUUAUGGUCUUUACAAGAGUGCCUAGAGUGAUGGUUGAAGGAUUUUGUAAGGAAUAUUUGAGUGUGGAUGAUGUGGUGGGGACUGAGUUGCAUAGUGUUGGGGGGUAUUUUAGUGGUUUUGUGUCAAGUUCAGGUGUACUUGUGAAACAUAAAGCAGUAAAAGAAUGGUUUGGAAAUGAUAGAAAACCAGAUAUUGGUGUUGGAAGUUGUGGUCUUCAUGAUCAACUGUUUGUCUCUCAAUGCAAGGAAGGUUAUGAGGUGAGCAAAGAAGAUGCAACGAUUAUGCCAAGAGACAAGUACCCAAAACCAUUAGUUUUCCAUGAUGGAAGACUAGCUUUCUACCCAACACCCUUAGUUACCUUAUGCAUGUUUUUAUGGUUUCCUCCUGGGAUUUUGCUAGCAAUUAUAAGGCUAGGUGUCGGUAUCUGCUUGCCUUAUCCUCUUUCGCGUAUCGUGGGUGGUCUAACUGGCGUGAAUAUCACAAUAGAAGGGUGUGAUUACUCAUGGGAGAACAAAAACAAACGCACCGGUGUACUAUUUGUUUGCACACAUCGGACCCUUUUGGACCCUGUCUUUUUAACUAUGACCGUCGGGAAGUCAAUGACCGCGGUGACUUAUAGUCUUAGUAAGAUGUCAGAGGUUAUUGCGCCUUUAAAAACGGUCAGGCUCACACGAGACAGGAAACAAGAUGGUGAAACCAUGCACAAGUUAUUAAGUGAAGGAGAUUUGGUUGUGUGUCCUGAAGGGACAACUUGUAGGGAGCCGUAUUUGUUGAGAUUUAGCUCGUUGUUUGCUGAGCUAACCGAUGAGAUAGUGCCCGUUGCUAUGGACACACACGUAACCAUGUUUUAUGGCACAACGGCUAGCGGGCUCAAGUGUUUAGACCCAAUUUUCUUCUUAAUGAACCCAAGACCAAGUUACCAUGUAAAGGUGCUUGGAAAGUUGGCAAAGGAGUUCACUUGUGGUGUUGGUGGAAAGUCUAGCCAUGAUGUGGCUAACUACAUUCAGAAAAAACUUGCUGACUCUUUGGGGUUUGAAUGCACAAAUCUUACUAGAAGAGAUAAGUAUUUGAUGUUGGCUGGGAAUCAAGGGAUUGCAUAGUAAAAAAUGUUCAUCUUAAUGAAUAUUUAAAUAGUACUUAAUUUUGAUACCAAGGGAAUUGGAUGGAUGUUACCAUUAAUUAUUGUUUGGAUAUAUUUAUUUAAAACAUUAAUUUGAUA